AUGUUGGUGUUUGCGCAAGCGAUGCCCAAUACGCUACAGAUACGUUUGGAGGGUGGCAGGCUCAAACUACAUAUAAAUCUUGGCGCAGGCGAAAGUGAGCUUUCAUCCCCCAAAGGGAUACACUUGAAUGAUUCGCAAUGGCACCAUGUCAGCAUCAUUCGCCGCGAAGCUAACCUGACGAUGAAGGUGGACGAAACAGCUGUUAAGAAAAGAUUGCCGGGACGAUUCUUUGAACUAAACAUUCAUUUUGGUAUAUUCCUGGGAGGUCAGGGCGACUUUUCCGAACUCUUCUUGGGACACAUGGAAAAUUUCCGUGGUUGCAUGGAAGAUGUUUAUUACAAUGGUGUGAAAAUCAUUGAGAAAGCCCGCAGUCGCUCUGGCUCAGUCCACGUAGAAGGUGUGACGUGGAAUUGUGCUCCAGAGUUCGAUGCUGACCUUAAUUCCGACAUCAGUUUCGUUGAUGAGGGAGCCUACCUCAUACUGCCGAGGAUAAAUUCCAGAGCUGGAGGAAAAUGGCAAAUAGAAUUCAAAACAAUAGCACAGAAUGCGAUAAUUCUAUACAACGCUGGGGGCGGCCGGGGCUCUGAUUUCUUAGCUGUGGAGAUCUUAGAAGGUGUAAUACGGGUCAAAAUGGCUCGUGGUCAGAUUGUCCAUACAGUGAGAGUCAAUGAUGGGCAGUGGCACAAGAUGCAUCUGUCUUUCUACCCUUCCAUGAUUGAGUUGACCGUUGACAACAUAGCAAUGCACACGCGGAUUGAAAGUGGUGGCACGAGGUACCUAGAUCUGUCAGACUCUUUCUACUUAGGGGGUAUUGACAGUGAGAAGCAACAGAGAGCCUUCACAAAGGGCAUCAAGGCUGCUGACUCCAGUAUUAUGGGUUGCAUCAAGCCAAUAGAAGUGGAUGAGAAAAUCUACGGGCUCCCAAACGCUGUGGUUACUUACGGCGUAAGUCCGAAGUGUGUGUGGUGGUAUCCUUGCCAUUCGAGUCCCGGCAAUCCACCUUGUGUGCCACAAGGUGUUUGCGAACAACAUGGCGUCGAUCACUUCACUUGCAAGUGUGAUUCCGAUCUGUGCAUCAACCCUGACUACGCUGAGAAGUAUAAGGUAUUCUCAAAAUCAAGCAGUGAACUAGAGCUUGUUGCGCUUUUUCCCUUAACCGUACAAGAGGGAGGCGUCUCAGUGAUAACUACACAGAAUAUAGACGUGGUCCUCGAUCAUCACAAGUAUGGCGUACGCCCGUCAGGCGUAUUGCUACACGUUGCCCAGUCACCACAACACGGCCGAAUCGCCAUCGACCUCUCACUUCAAAGAAAUUCGCAGCAAUACAACUUUAUCGAAGGGGAACCCAAAUCCAAACAGUUUUUUACACUGCUGGACUUGUCUCGGGAUAAGGUUCGCUACGUUCACGACGGUUCUGAAAAUCACCAAGACGCAAUUGUCUUGGACAUGGAAUUAAUUCCUGAGACAAAGUUCACGUUACCAAGUUAUCUUCAAGGAAGAAACACUUUCGUAUUACAUGUCAACGUCACGCCGGUCAACGACCCGCCUGUACUUAAUUUAUUGCCAGGCAAAGUCUUGAGGCUUACUCAGGGAACACGUAAAGUGAUCACUUCAGAUAUACUAAAGGCUGAGGACCCUGACACAGCUCCUGAAGAUCUUCUGUACACUGUACUACACGGCAAAAAUGAAGCUAAUAGCGGCCAUAUUGAGAUGUCUGGUCAACCAGUGGAUUCCUUCACCCAACAGGACAUUGAUGCAGGAGUUAUUUCGUACGUCCACGGAACUACGAACGAUAAGCAACUUAACAAGACUUCGCUCAGGUUGACUUUACAAGUAUCCGACGGCAUUGAGACAAGCGGGCCUGGUAUCCUCCGAAUAUCUAUAGUACCAUUACAAGUACGGUUAGUCAACAACACGGGAUUACAGUUGGUACAUAAUUCUUACGCCAUCAUCUCGGCUGACAACCUUACCUUCACGACUAACGCGGAUGAAACCAACGUACAAGUGAAGUACGACAUAGUGAAGCCGCCACAGUUCGGUGUGGUGGAACGUUUACGAGUAUUGGAUGGUACCUGGCAGACUGUGGACUCGUUCACCAGCGAAAUGGUGACGUUUGGUCGAGUGCGUUACAUGCAUCUACUUGGAAAUCCUUCACAUGACGAGUUCAAGUUCAAAGCAUCUGUGGGAUCAAUACGAACGAACACACUAUACGAUUUUCGGCUAACGUUUAUAAAACUCGAACUGUAUCAAUCAGUAAACGAAGAACUAGUUCUUAAUAACACGAGAGAGGCAUUCAUUUCGUCUCAGCACCUUACGUUUAAGACUAAUCCUCUUGCACUACCGAGCGACCGUGUCGUCUACACGAUACUGAGACCUCCUAAGUACGGUAUUCUACAUUUAUCUUCAGGCAAACAUCACCUGCAAAUGCAUAGUACUUUUACACAACAGCAUAUCGAUACAGAUCAGCUGUGGUACCGACUGCACAGGAGAGCGUAUUCCCAUAUACAAGAUGAGUUUACCUUCGUAGUGGGAGCCACUGAAUGCAAAAAUAUCACGGGCGUGAUGACUAUAAGACACACACCCGGCACUCCCUCCUCUGACCGGACAGAAGGUCGAGUUCACACCACGCUAGAACGCUUACAGGUUACCGAAGGUUCUAGAAUGGUCAUACCAGCCACACACCUCAAUUUCCGCACAGAUGCAGUCACUAACCUAAUAUUUAACAUCACACAUUUACCGAAGCACGGAAAAAUCGAAGUGAUCAACGAUAUCCUUAAAGUAUCGAGGGAUAACACGACUUAUUUCACUCUGGAAGAACUGAAUUCUGACAGAGUGUAUUACGCUCACGACGACUCUGAAAGUCGACACGAUUCAUUCCAUUUUAUGGCUCUAAGUCCGGAACCCGAAGACUUCCAAUAUGUAGGGGUGUUCCACAUUGAUAUUAUAUUGAAAAAUGAUAAUAGUCCCGUGAGGGCGAACGAUAAUGUAUUCCACAUCGUCCACGGAGGGGCGAGACUCAUCACUGCACGAGAUUUGAGCUACACCGACGCGGAUUUAGAUACUAAACCAUCGGAUAUUAUCUACACAGUUCAAAGAUACAUUAAGGAUCCUCCGAACGGUGGGAUAUUCCGCGCGGAUAAUCCUUCCGAGCAAAUAGCACAGUUCUCUCAAGACGACAUCAAUAAAAACUUGGUGUUGUUCAAGCAUCAAGGUAAAGAAUACGGUAAAAUGGCUUUCUGGAUAUCGGAUGGGUUGUUCGAUGUUAACGGCAACCUGGAAAUACAGGCGUCACCUCCUUUCAUAAGAAUGUAUCCAAGUAACGGAUCCAUUGUGGAAAAUGGCAAAGCUGUAGUUAUUACUUCAAGAGACAUGCAGGUCGACACUAAUAUGAAUUGUUUAGAAGAAGACAUUCGUUACGAAAUCACAUUGGAGCCGAAACACGGCACUAUCGAGGUCGGUGAGGGCCAAGGAGCAUUUACAUUCACACAACUAGAUGUGACAGCAAGCAGAGUUGCCUACAGACAUAGGGAACCCAAGACUCCCACUGAUCAAUUCAGGUUCAAAGUGAUGUGUCUUGACACUUGGGGCGAGGGUGUCUACGUGAUAAAGAUAUUUCCGUCCAGUUACUGGGAACCAUUGCGUGUGACCACUAACUUACCGCUCGUGGUUGAAGAAUCCACCAGUGUUAAUAUCACUAAGGAUAUUUUGGAGGUAAUGCAUCCACAAAUCGAGCCUUCGAACAUAGUCUACCAAGUAACAGAAGGACCUUAUCAUGGAUGGCUUGAAAUCACCACUACACCGGGCACUCUAGAGCUGGAGAAUUACAACGAAGAGCCAGUGCACAUAAAAGUAUUCGACCAAUCGAUUAUUAAUGCCAAUCGACUUGUUUACGUUCAGUCCGGAGUCAACCGAACACGGGACAGGAUCCGAAUGGACGUCACAAAUGGAAUUGUAUGGCUUCGGGAUGUAGAACUUAAUGUUGUCAUAAUCCCCGAACAUUUUUACGUACACGCCUACAACCUUACCGUCGUCGAAGGAGAAGCUGUAAGCGUGAAGCCAGAUUUGUUCAGAACUAUCACAGAUUACUACAAAGGAAAAGUGGUCGCGUAUAAAGUUGUCGAAAAACCAAAGUAUGGAAAAAUCGUGAUGGCCGAUCAGGAAUUGAAUUUAUUGCCGGUGCUCAAACUUAAUUCUGGAAAUAUUCAGUACUUAAACGAUGGAUCAGAAGAAUCAUUGGACGCAUUCAAGUUGGUAGCAAUGACAGAAAGCAGUAAGGAGAGUGAGCCGUUUUACGUGCACGUUAAUAUAGCGCCAGUGAACGAUGAGCCCCCGAUCGUGGCAGCCAAUACUGGGCUCUGUGUCUGGGAGGGAGGCACGUUCACUUUCACUACCAAGGAGCUGUAUGUGAAUGACAUCGACACUCCUCCCGAGAAUGUGACAGUGCGCGUAGUGGACAUCGUAUCUGGGUACAUAGCAAUGCAAGGCAACCUCGACACCGCCGUACACCACUUCACUCAAGCAGACAUCGAUAAGGGAAAAGUUGUUUUCGUUCACAAAAACGGUACAAAAGGAAAAAUGAUCUUCAACGUCACCGACGGACUACACGAACUAUCCAAAAUCACGUUCCUAAUAACCACAAAAUCAGUAUCACUUAAACUGACAAGAAAACACAAUAUGAAAGUGUUUCCACUUAUGAGAGAACCUCUGAACAAUUACAUGCUAAUGUCUAAAUGUUCUGAUCCUACGAGAACUAUAAUAUACAAGAUAGAACGAGCUCCUACUUUGGGGAGACUUAUAAUGCUGAACGGAGAAAGCCAUCACAGGUCUAUAAAGCAGUUUACCCAACAAGACAUCAACAACACGGUCGUGUUUUACGAACAUACACAUCCUUUCUCUGAUUUGUAUACGAAUGAUUCGUUUAUAUUCACAAUCGAAGCUCCUCUUGCCAAACCGCUAACUGAUCAAAUCUUCAACAUCGACAUUUCUGUAUCAUCUGGUGGUCUCGCUAAGUACGUCAAUAUACCUCCCAUAAAAGUCCAGGAAGGAGAUAAAGUGCCUAUCAAAGUGAAUGUUAGUAACGUUAUCACAUAUUUAGAAACACAAGCUGGGUUGAGACAGCCUCAGAUCGAAGCUCAAUGGUCACAGCCGUCUCACGGAGAGCUAAAACCUUUCAUGUCGUCUUUAACCCAAUCGCAAAUCGAAAGCGGAGUUGUGAACUACGAACACGACGAUUCAGACACAACACAAGACAAAAUUGACAUGGCGUUAUUCCUUCUGCCUGACUAUGUCCUUCUAUGUAACGUGAGCAUCAUCAUACACAUUACUCCGGUGAAUGACCAACCAUUCCGCUUACUAACUGACACGCCACAAAUACAAGUGGUACAGGGCGAGAACUAUACUAUCACCAAGAAUGAUUUACUCACCGAAGAUGCUGACACCGGACCGGCAGGAAUACUUUACGAUAUUAUAAGCGGACCCACGCAAGGCAGAAUGGUCAUGUUGGAUAAAAACCAGACAAUAGACGAUGCACAUUCAAUCAACAAGUUCACACAAGACGACAUAAACAACGGCAGAGUGGUAUACGAACAUUCUGGAAUAUUGCAGACAGCUACAUUCUAUUUCAGAGUGUGGGACGGACAAUUUAAGCCUACGUAUACAGUAUUUACUAUUGAUGUUAUACCAGUAAUUCUUAAUGCUACGUCGUUGCAUCCCAUAUACCUGCAACAGGGGUCUAAUGUAGCAGCAGUAACUACAGACCAGAUAUACGUGGACACGAAUGCAAAGACGUCCAAAGUUCUGUACAAUAUCACACGUCAGCCACUCCAUGGUAUGGUGUAUGUCGGUAGGAACCCAGUGUCUUACUUCACCCAUAGAGAUUUAAUGGAGAAAGUCGUUAUUUACAUGCAGAACGACAUGACUACUGCAAAUGAUAGUUUUGAUUUGAUUGCUUACGUGCACAAUAGUAACGCGACGCGACCAUUUACGAUAGAAGUUAUUGUGCAGCCUUUGAUGACAUUGGGUGACUUACGAGUAGAAGUGGAAAAGGCCAGGAUCACUCUCCGUACAAUGGAUGCGAGUGGACUGGCGAAGCUUACAGCCAGUGACCCCGUGUAUACUUUACUGAGGAAACCUCGGUUCGGGACACUCAAGAAGAUCAUCCGAAGUUCAGGGGAGAAAACUAGCGCCAGGGAAAGAGAAGUAGCGUAUUUCACACACGAAGAUGUGAAAGCAGGUGUAAUAUACUUCGUAACUAAGAAGAAGGUGAAUGAACUGAAUGGGUUCGAAGAUAGUUUUAGGUUUUUGUUGGCUGCGACAAUUUUCCAGCCAGCAGUUGGUGAUGUGAAGAUUAUUAUAGGAAAUAGGCAGAAGAAGAAUAUGCCUGGUCCAAAUGAUCCUGAGAGCCAUGAAGGAGUUCCUGUAGCAAAUGGGGAAACAGCUUCGUACUACAUGAUGAUCCUGAUGGCUCUAUCAGGAACUGUACUCGCGAUAGUUGUGAUAUUCGGCCUGUUGAAGUGCAGGCGAUAUCUCAUGCGAGAUCAGAACGCCCUUGUGAAGAUACACGGGCAAAGUCAGGGCGCGGUCGCUCCUAUACCGCUGCCGAGGCCACCCGAGCAUCUUAUGCCUUCGCCCUCACAAGGCACCCCUCCUAUAAAACGCUAUGUGUCGUCUGAGCAAUCAGUGCACACUGGCGCGAGUACGCCGCUUCCUUCAGCGGGUAGCGUGGCUUGCAAGGUAACUCCGCUCGCCGACGCAGCCUUACCAGACCUCAACGCGAGGUAUCCUUAUGGGACCGACGACCAUACUGAUGUAAGUUUAAUAAAAUAUUUUUAUUAG